AUUCGUAACUAUGGAAUUUAUAUCUUUCGUAAAAAGUUUUCUUUUUUUUUUUAAAAAUGAAUACGCACUGUAACGUGAUUAAUUGAUUUACCUUCAAAGCAACGUACUUCACUUUUAUAACUUUAAGUGGUGACACUAAAAUAUAUAUGAAUGAAGCAUUGAUUUAACUACUGUUUAGCUUGUUUUCUGAUAUUCCCUAUUAUCGUCCAUUUUCGAAAUGUCUGAAAAUUACGACGAAAAACCAAAUAACGCUAUGUCAACGGUUGGAUACAAUUUAUCUGCAUUAUAUACCGAAGUACAAAAUUCUAUUCCUAGUGUAGACUUUAAUAGCGAAUCUGAUGAAGAAUCUUCAGAAAUUUAUCAAAGAACAAUUACUAGUGAUAUAGCAUUGGAAUGUGAUAUAAAUAUAAAUGAUGCUUUGCAAACUGAAAACUUAAAGAAUAAUGUUACAAGUGAUAUUAUUGAAGAAUCAAAAAGUGUUGACACAUCAUUAAAAGAUUCUCCACCGGACCUGGACGCAAAUUCUCUAUCAAAAGAGGUUGUAAUGCCAAAUAAUAUCGACACAAUAAUAUAUAAUGAAGAAAAGGCUCCAAAUAAUUCAAAUGUAAAAAUUUCUGCUAAAGAAGUUGUUUCUAAAAUAUUUACAAAUGAAUUUGGUACACUUAAUGUUUUUGAUAACUUGAAAGAUUUAGAUAAUCUAGCAGAUCCUGUGAUUCCUGAUGAACAAUUGGAAACUUCAAUUUAUCCAGUUUCUAAUAAAGAAGUUUUCGAUGGCGAUAGUAAAACUAUACUUCAAAAGCUUGCGGAAAUGAGUGUUAUUCAAAGCGGGACAGAGUUGUCAGACAUUGACGCAUUAACGGGAGCACUACGUACGUCUCCUAAAGCUCAUGUAAAAAUUGGCUCAAAUCAAAGUGCAAACAGGGGAACAAGUACACGAGACAUGCAAAAUUUACCAACGGGAGUUCUUAAUAAAAAUUUGCAAAAUAAGGAUUAUCCCAAAGAGAGAGCAACGAGAAAAAUUGAUUUAAGAAAUAGCGUGAAACAUUGUAAUAUAAACGAAAGAAAUGAUAGUAAUUUUUCUAAAAUGAAGAUUUUUAGCCGAGACAAUGAUUCUGGUAAUUCGUCGGAUUCGAGUGACAAUGAAGAAAGUCCUCAGACCUGGGCUGAAUUAAGGAAAAUGUACAAAGAAAAAACAAUGAUAAAAUCCACAUCAACAACCACUGAAACGCCUAUAAAAGAGCCUGUGAAAACUCCUUCUGCUCCCAAGGAAAUCCCUGUCACUCUUAAAGAUAUAACAAAUAAGAAAACGAAAAAAGUUGAAGAAAGUUCAAUAAAAAUUGUUAAUGAACCGAAAUCGGAGAAAUCGUCUACUAGCGAAAAAGAGAUAGAAAAGAAACUCAAAUUAUCUAGAAAAAAUCUGGAAGAAGAAGAGAAACGCAAGCAACUUAGAAGGUUGUUGAAUGAAGGUUUAGAAAAAAUGAGACCAAAGGUUUCACUAAAAGGAAAUCAUCCUUCUGCCGAAAAUUCUCCUUUAUUAUUUAAUUUGACUUCUAAUAAAAAUUUGGACGAUUAUGACUUGAAAACAUUGCCACCUGAUGACGUCAUUGCAAAGAAAGAAAUUGCCUUACUUCAAUUAAAACUCUUAGCGCCGGGUGAAAUCUUGAUGAAGAAGGGAAACUCUUAUACUCGUAUUCCGGCAGGUUUUGAAAUAUUGUUAAUUUGGCUACUACAGCUAGUACCCGAAGAUUUUAAGACUCUAAUUAACGGACCAAAAAACAAUGAGUUAUGUCCUCCGUUUCACGUAAUUGGAGUACAACAAAUGCUCGUAGACGAUGAGUUGAACUUGAAUAUCGCUGUUGUUCCCAAUACUCUGUUUGAAAGUAAGGAUGUUAUGAAUCGUAUUGGAAAGAAAAGAAAAGGAGAUUCGAAAGGUGCUAGCCAAUUUCAACUUAUGCUGCAAAAAUUUUUAUCUUGUAAAAAUUUAUCAAACGUUUGUCCAUGGAUAGAAACGUUUUAUUUCGGCAAUGGUUCCUCGCAUACAGUCGAAUUUACUCAGAAACCUCUAGCUACGUACAUAAAGGUUGUUAAUGAUAAAGAAAUAACAAGAAGAUUUUUUGAUUUGGAACCUUCUUUUUUCACUCCUACAUACGAAACAAGCGAUAAUUCUUUUCUCUAUCAUAGAACGAUUGGAGUUAAUUUAGAUAAUAAAACAAUGGAAAAUACCAUUGAAAAUACUUUAUGUAUCAUUCCCAGGAAAACUUUUAGCAAGUUAAAUGUUUGUUUUGGAAUUUUAUUUCAAAUUCUUAAGGAAGGACUGGAUCUAGUUGGAGUUAGAUUGAUGUAUUACUCGAAAAAAGACCCUGAUUGUGUUAAAUUUCACGAGAAAUCGUUAAAAAAUCCUGUUAAAGAUGAUGAAUCCUUUGAUUGUGCAUUAGUUUUAUGCAUUAGAGGCCACAAUGCCAUAAAGGUUUGGUUUAAUGCUGUCGGUCCCAUGGACCCUCUACUUGCCAGGCAGACUGAUCCUAAUUCUCUUUCUGCUUUAUACGGUGGAUCUUCUCGCAAUGACAUUUUAGUGCAUUGCGCGAAAACUCCGGAAAUAAUUCAUAGUAAAAUAUGCAAAUGGUUCGGUCCUCCUGUUAAAAAAUUAACGUCAAAAUGUGAUGUUCAAAAGAUUAUAAACUCUUAUAAAAACGAUGGUGAUAUUGGAUUUAUGACUAAGGCAAAUUUCCUAUUGUCAUGUACGUGCAGUGAUGUUGUUCUGAUGAUAUCUCCUUUGGUUUUUACUCGUUGUCUCGGAUACUUAUUAUCUUCUAUUCAAGAGAAAGGCUUCCGAUUGAAAGCCAUUGAAAGGAAAUAUUUAACUCCCAAACAAGCAUCAAUUCUUGGAUUUAACGACGAGAGCUUGGAAACGUUUGGGAUACAACACUCUGAAAAUGUUGAAGCCAAUGCACGACACCGACCAAUAACUUUUAUAAUUUUGAAUAAAGAAAAUGCUCAACGCCAUUUGGAAAAUAUUAUCUUACACUGUUACGGUCAAUUACUCGAAGCCAAUAUUUGGCAAGAUAUUCAAUAUUAUACAAGAUAUACUCUCAUACCAAAUAUUCUUAUCCGUGGAAUAGCGAUCUCGAACACCACUCAACUUUCAGUCGUAAACGAUGUAUUCAAACCUUUAAAAGGACCAAUUUUAUAUCCUCCAUCAUUUAUGUCUCCGAAAAUAUGUAGUAAUCCUGAAAUGGAACAAAUAGCUUGUGUUCAUUUUAUCGGCGACAGAAUGAUCCAAGAAACAGGAUGUAUUCUUGCAAGAUUACAACAAUUCAAUCAAUCAUCUUCAUCUCUAUUCCAUAAUCAAGAUGCAUUUGACGGAUUUGAACUUCUCGGAAUACGCCUGAUACCAAAGCUUGAUAUAUUUGAAUCUAGAAACUUGACACCUUAUUCACCUGGUGAUUGGCAUUACAAAAUUAGUAUUGACACACUUUGUGACAAGCCAGCUCUUGUAAUGCUUGUAAGAGGAAUAAAUGCGUUCAAACGACUAUUCAGCAUUGUUGGCACACCUAAAAUAAGAAAAUGUAAUGAAGCAUUCAAUCCGAAUGAUCUCGAUAAAAUUGUUUCCCCAAGACCCGAACUGGCUUACACCUAUGCCAACUUAUUCUUUUCAAGUGACGACCUUUUUGAAGAUAAUCAUUCUCGUCCACUCAUAUCGUAUAUACCUGCGGCAAUGUAUAGAUUGCCAGUGAACAAAUCAGCUCAAGUCGAAGGCAGUAAAUAUUUUUUCAAAGAAGAUAUCUUUAAGAUACUACAAAGUGAACCAAGGCGACUUUUUACUAUUUUAGUGGCAAAACCAGAAAUUAUUCAACGAAAUAUGCUUGGAAAACUUGUGAAAAAAAUUUUACAUGAACGUUUUGCUAUUGUUAACUGUCGAAUGAGAAUGCUAACGGAAGAUGAGAUACUGCUAAUUGCAUGGGCUAUUGUUCAUAAUAAAAGAGAGGAGCUCUUAGAGAAGAGUCAUCUUGAAAAAAUUCGAGAUCGACUUAUAAAUUUCCCAUGCGUUGUAUUCUGUUUAGAAAGAGAAAAUGCUGUUAAAAAGCUUUUGGAUGUUGUUGGACCUUAUAAUCCUGUAACAGCUAGAAAGCAGAAUCAGAAUUUAUGGCGGUCAGUAUUUGGCACUGAUAAUGUUUGUAAUGGAUUAUAUUGCUCAGAAGAUUACCAAUUAGCUAAGUAUGAAGUGAAGCAUUUUUUUCGUCAAGGAUUAUGUGAAGAUAGCACAUAUGACUCUGAUCUACUUGAAAUACCGAUACCAUGUGUUGAUGAAGACGUAGGAAUUAAAGCCUCAACUAACCGUACAAUUACUUAUACUUGCGAAGCUAAAAUGAAGGAAAAGAAACAAAUGAGUCUUUUACAAACAAAUUGUGUACUAUUUCUACCGCAUAUUGUUUCAAGAGCUUUUGAAAGUGAAAGACCUGCUUGUGGAGAGAUAAUUGAGUAUAUGGAACGCUCUUUUAAAAUCGUUGGAAUGAAAGAAAUUAGAUUUACUACUAAUCAGGCUGAAGAAUACUUAAAGAUGAGUAAUAUUGGUAAUUUUGACAAAGUCUCUGAAUUGACUGAAGGACCUUGUUUAGUUAUUGCCCUCGAAAGAGAUAAUGCAAUACUAACAUUCGAGGCGGCAUUAGGAGGGCCAUACCAGAAAUCUUCCAUCUAUUCAAAAUAUCAUAAAUACAUGAUGUGGCCUAAAGCGUCUAAAGAGGCUUCGAAACACUUGAAAUUCUUUUUCUCCGAAUUAACAAAUAAUCCCGAUGCCAACAUAUCAACUAAUACGGAGCGUUUACUUUAAGAAUUUUUAGUUCUUAAUAUCAUUCCGAAACGUUAUAUAUUUUGGUUUUGUUUUUUUAAAGAGACAAUUUGAUGUGUAAGAACAUUAUGGGUGCUGUUCGUUGUUGUUUUCAGUAUUAAUUUACGGAACAAAUUUUUUUACCUAAAGAUCAAUGCACUAAUUGUUUAAAUUUAGAUUAAAUUUGUGUUGAUAAGUGAAUUUCGAAUACUGUGUAUACAUUCAAUACUUCUAUUUAUAUUUAAAAAAAUAAAUAGGUUGC